UUUAAAAUAUGAAUAAAUCUACUGAAAUUUCGUUAAAUAAAAUGAUUUGAAAAUUUAAAAUUAUUACAAACGCAUUUUAAAUGGACACGUAAAUUGUUCAUACGACACGUAGGCCAGAUUACAUUUGCAACCAAUUUUUAACUUUGCCAACAUUGCGUAUACGUGACAAUCUUAGAAAAUGGUUUAAUUAAUCAUUUUCGUGCCUUAAAAUGUGAUUAUCAGAAAGCUGUUUAUUUCUGUCAAUAAAAUAAUAUAUGCAGGGAAAAUGUAAAUAAAAGUUAUAAUUAAUUUUAUUUUUUCUCAUUGUGACAUGAGGGAAUAUCUAUGCAUUUUCCAAGUUAGAGUAUUACCAAAUCGUAUUUUGACUGUAACGGGUUUUUCAUUUUGGGCGCAGGCAUUAGACGAGUUCUCAUCUACUUAGUUUUUCAAUGCCCCUCCUUCUUUUCCUCAAAGUCAGUCAGAAUGUUGAGAUGCCGAUGACGGUCCCUAUGAGUGUGUGUGUGUGUGUGUGUGUGUGUGUUUGCUUAUGCAUUUGUGUUUGUGUUUGUCCGCCUUUCCUCUGUCUCUGUGUGGGUGCUCAAGGUUCAGCUGCGAACAUUAGUCAAGUCAACCCAAAAUGAGCGACCAAAAGUGGCGCAGUCAAGCAAAAAGGCUCUCGUUGCAAUGACUGAAUGAGUGGAUGAGCGGCUGACUGAGCGAGUGAAUGCGAGUCCGAAUGAAUGACGAAAUGCGCGACUGACUGACUGAAUGACUGAAUGAAUGACUGCUGUUGGAUCCUUGAAGGGACCGACUUACCAAAGGACCCAACGCGCCAGCUGGAAUGCAUAUUUCUUCGUCCUGAAUUCAAGCUCCCACUUCCUUGCCAACUUAUUUUCAUUUUACCUCGCGAUUCCUAUUUCGCUUGCAUCCUCCUUUGUCACACUCUUGAGGAAUGUGACGACACAUAGCGGCACAGUGGAUGUAUUUGACAAAUUUUGUUGCACAAUUCUCUGAAAAAUUAAAUGCUAAGUUUGGUGACAACUAUAAGAAUAUCUCAGAAUAUCUAUUUUUUUUUUUCAAUUUUAUACUAGUUCUGUUAACAUAUUUUGAUUGUUUUUUAGCUUUUUUUUUCAGCUUUUUUCGAUGUUUUUAAACGAAUUAUUUUAGGUUAACCUUAUUCAAUGUGUUAAGUUACAAUUAUUACAAUUUUUACUUUACCAAUGUUAUAACUGAAAUUGCUAUCGAUAUUAAUCUUUAUUUUUAUUUUCAAUCAAUCAAAUUUUUAGGACUUGAACCCAACGUGAAGUUUCACUACUUUAGAUGAAUGACUGUCACGAUGCCCGGGCUCCGGUUAUAAACAUGUUUUCCUUUCCGUUUUAUUAUUAUUAUAUUUUCUGCUGGGGAUUUUAUGUUUUUUUUUCACCCUCUAUUUUAUUUUUAUUUUGUAUAGCAAUGCUGUACUUAGUCUUUUACAAUGUCAACCAUUUUGUUCUUUUGUGUUGCGUUCGUGCAGGGAGAGGCCAAGGAAAAUGCAGUGAACAUAAAUACCAUGACUGACAAGGGUAGGUGGAAAGCGAAUGGAAAGUUGGCGGUGGCAGCCUUCUUCGAGGGCUAGAAAAUCCGGUGAUGGCUGGUGCAAUCUGUUGCAAUCUUCUCAAGCAAUUCGUCGUUCUUCACUCUGCGAGUCGAUUCAUCUUGGCAGGCCAAAGAGUGCACGCCUUCGUUACGCAUUCUUUAAUUGAAUAUUUAUCAUGUCUACUGAAGGUGGAGCUUAAGUGCACAGAGAAAAAACAUCACGUUGCUGGCGUAAUUUCCUAAAAUAUCUUUGUAAAGCUCAACUUGAUUGUAACGUAUGUAAUAAUAUGAAAGUGCAUAACAUAAAAGAUGAUUCUAAUAAUUGUAAACUUAUUAUGGUUUAUUAAUUGGCUAACCAAGUUUCAGAAUCAUAGUUGUUUUAUUAAUAUAUAUGGUUUCAAAACAUCACUUUAAUUAACCAUUUCCCAGUUAUAGAAAGUUGUUGCAGAAAUCACUAGAGUUCUAAAAUUACUUUAGUAAACGCCGUUUGUUAUAAUAUAUCCAACGGUCUUCUAUAUUUGAAAUAUAUUAUUGAAGAUUGUUGAAAUUCUUUCGUCAUUUUUUAACAUAAUAGCAAAUGUAUUAAUAGGGAAUAAUGUGUUUUGAUAAACCAUUUCCCAACUAUAUGUUUUUUUUUUUGGUGGCGUGUAAUAAAUGCUGUCACUUGCCUUUCUGUGGCCUUUUUCACCAUCUAUUUUUCGGUGGAUAGGCAACCUGAUUCGACGUUGUCGCGUCCUUGUAAUUGCAACUAGAGCGAGUGCGCCUUGUCAGCCUUGUUUUUCGCCAUCGGUUAUGCAUUGUGUGCUGCAUGCUAAGCAAAGGCACUGAGAAGGAUACGGAUUUCACCCCGAAACACCACACCCCGCCGACGUAGCCUUUUGUAAACCAUAUCCUUAUCCUUGCCUGCAUAUGCAAUGCAUCUAAAUUGCUUUCGAGUUCUGUUUGUUGUUUUGCGGGUAGAGUCGCAUCUGCUUUGGCUUUGAGAUUUACAGCUUUGUUCGUUACGUUACGUUCCGUUCCGUUCUGUUUUGUUCUGUUCUGUUCCGUCCCGUUUUCGAUUCAUCUCUUUGCGGUCCCCGGACCCCCAAGUCGACUUUCAGCAUCUUCCAUUCAAUUUCUUUUCCACAUUAGGACCGCUCGAGAUUCUCCAUUCUGUGUGCAUCCUUACUUUGACAUUUUAAAUGUUAUUUAAUGGUCCCCGGAACUUGGUGGCUGCACCCGGCAAUCUUCACCAUAAAUUCAUUAUUAUUAUUUUCCCUUCAUUUGAUUCUGUGUGUGUAAGAAGGUGAGCCAAGUCGAAACGGUUUACACUUGAUUUAUAUUGGCUCUUUGUGCGCAAUUUAUGGCCGAGAAGAAGAACAAGAAGACGUUGCCCUGGCGACAAGCUGUCGAUUUUAUUGGCUAUUUUCUCGUUAUUUGAGCGAUUCAAGGCUAUGAUAUAGGCUAUAUGCGGAAAUUUCGAGUUAUUUAUCUGUUUUUGGCUGUAUCAAUUAAUUUGAUGAAGGUUUUUUUUGGGGAUUUUCCGAACUGAAAUAUACUUGCAAUGUCAUUGUUAAUUAACUGUUCCUGAUUUCCAAAAGUUGUAGCCUUAACUUUUAUUUCAUUUGAGUGUUUUUUGUUUAAUACAUUUUAUUGGUGGUUAAACUAGCGCUCAACAUCUGUUUGCUUUAUUUACAAGCACUCUUCAGAAGGCUACGUUAAAUUAAAAACGUAGCCCUUUCUCCUCUCUUUUAAUAAUUAUUAAAAUGUUGAACUCGCCUUUUUUUAAACCCUUUUUAACCCCAGUUUUUCACAUUUUCCUUUACCACUUUGGCGUUAAUGCAUUUUUUCCUAUCGCAAGGUGAACACUCGCUCCCCGUGCUUUUGGUUCUUAGUCGCUUCCCUAUUUAUCACAACUUUAAUCUGUGACACGACUGUUGUGGUCAAAACAACCCCCUGCACCCUGUCUUGCCUCAUAACAUCUGCUAAGCUUCACCCGCGGCGAUUUCUCGCUAUGUAGCUAAGUCACCAGCAAAACAAAAUAAAAAUGACAGAAAAAAGGUGGAAAACGCAAGGAAUAGCGCGUUGAGAAAAAAUUUUAAAAAAAGUAAAUAAUUAAAAAAAAGUUAUACAAAUUGCCGAGGGUCCUUCGGUUAUCCCUACAGAGCUCCCUUUUUAGCUCGCUUUGACUGUAAUUAAAUGAUGUUUAUUAAACGUUCACCAUUGUUUAUGCCUCGAGCGAGAAUCACAGGGUGUGUGGAUGUAUUACGUUUUUAAUUUGCAGUACUUUUGUUUUAAAGUAUAUUCACUGCAGUUUUUGUACAUACAACAACUUUAAUGUUCGUUAAAACUGAUGAGUUUCUUAAAAUAAAAUGUACUAACUAUUUAAAACUAAAGAUCAUUUUACAAAUUUUAAAUUAAUCGUUUUACUACUUUAAAUUGUAUUAAAAAUUAAGAGAAUUAAACUUUAAAUAUUUGUAAUGAGUUAAAAAUGUAUCCAAUAUUCAAAGUUGAGGGAAUUAACAAUAUAGUAAACAUUAAAAACACUUUCAAGCAGUAGUAGUUGUGUGUUUGUAGCUUCUGUUGCGCUAUUUGCAAUGCCAGCAAGUACUUGAAAGUUUAAAUGAUGGCAAGGCAAACAGGUUUUAUAUACGAAUUAAAUUAUAUAAGAAAAUAUGUAUAAGAUGUAUAUAUAAUGUUGUUAGUAUAUAUAAUAUAUUUGGCAAAGCAAAGGAAGCACACAAAAACCACAAAAAUGCCGCCUACACUGGAUGCUGAUGUUUUGGCAUUUUGGGGCGGCUGUCACGCCCACACAAAACUUGCCGUCAAAGGGUUAGGGUGAAAAGCGAGAGGGGAAGGGUAGAGAGGCGGCGAGGGGUACGGGUGUAAGGGGUUUAGACGGAGGUGGCAGAUGGGUUGGUUUAGUGGAAAAGCGGCAACACAUCCGCUUGCCCUUGCGGAAUAUCCUGCAGCUGAAUUUCCCAAACCUUUCACCCUUCUAUUUUUCCCCACCGUAUUUUCCCGACUUUCCCCACCUGUCAGUUUAUCUAACACGCACUCCAGGCUAAAGAGAAACGGAAGGAUAUUAGGACGGAGGCGGUAAACUGCCAGGGAAAACAGCAAAAAUAAAAGAACAAGAACAACGAGACCAAAAAAUACGUAAAUUAACAAAACCUGCCGCCAAUCAUGAGUGUGUGUGUGUGUAUGUUUGGGUGUAAAAGGAACCCUGAUGGGGGAUUUUUUGUAUUUUUCCUUUAAGCGAAGGGUUCCUGGAUAAACUGAAAAAGCAUCGGGAUACACUUUCAAUUUGACAAGACUCUAGGAUUUCCUGGACGAUGGAUUGUGGUGGUUAGUUUUUGGUGGCGAUGAUUGCGCAAAAAAUAUAACAAAUGAUCGGAUGAAACCUUGCAAACAUUUUAAAGAUAAUUAUAGAAUAGAAGCUCAAGGUAUGAAGUUUAAAACCUGAAAGCGUGUUCAAAGCACCGAUGGAAUAAUUUUAAAAUUAAAAUAAUAUAAAUUUUAAAACCAUAUUUUUCCACUUUGUUUUUUUAGAUUCGGUUUGGUUUUUUUUUUAUUUAUUGGUCAUGUUAUUACAUCAACUCUACUAAUUCAAAAUUAUCUCCCAUUUUAAGCUUUCUAUAUUAUUAUUGAUGAUGUUAUCGAAAAAAUCGAUGUAUUAAUCGAUAAAAUAUCUGCAAAUUUUUAUACUUCAAAGGGUAUCCAGAAAUUCGACUUUGAUUGAAAGAAUUUUCCCUUUAUGUGUAUGUUUUUUGCCCCUUUUGUCCGAAAACAAGCAACAGGAACAACAAACUCUUGUGGCGUCACUGUGUGCGUGAAUGUAAAUAUCAGUGCGUGCCUGUGUGUGUGGGUGUGCGUGAGGGUGAGUGAAAUUAGUUAGGGCAACGAGGCGCAUUUUUGAGAUUCAUAAACUUGCGUGCGUGACGGUGUUUGUGCGAGUGUGUGUUAAUUUCAAGUUGACUCCUCGUUUCACUCGUUUAAUUGGCCCGACUGACACUAAACACACUCACAGCACACACAGCCUUACACAAACUAAACAUGGAAAAUUACACCAAAAAAAAAGAAAAAGAAAACAAUACCAAAUGAAGUUCAUGCUUAUGAAUUAAUGACGAAACUGAAGAACGACAAAGAAAAGAAACGAAGGUAAACCAAAAUGGCAGACCUUCGAGGAGAAAAGGGGUUUGGGUUCAUUGAACCACCGUCCGUAAGCUUGACAAAUUUUAAUUAAUUAAUUCAUAUCAUAUUUAUCUUCACUAGACUGAAAUGCAAUGAAACCAUUCAAUUAAGCCAAGUCAAUAAUUUAUGAUCCCAUAAGGUCUUCCUAGGUAUCCAUUGACAUUUGUGGCCAACAAGUAAUUGUGGUAGUUGCAGCUGAAGCAGUUGAAUGCCGAGCAACAAACUUUGUCAAUUAAAAUUGAAACUUAAGAACCAAGUCAAUCGUAAAUGUUUAUUAAAUCACAAGAAUGUCCUUUUGUAAGUGGUGCAAUUCUUAAUUCUUCUUCUUACAUUUAAGUUAUUUAGGACAAAUAGUUUGGUAUAUUUCUAAGUUUCGAUGGCUGCAGAAAGGUGAUACAAAAAUGCUAUUUUAGAGUCCAUAACUGGUUUUGGUGUUUACGUUGGACGAUUCGAUUUUCACGUAUAAAAUAGUUAAAUUUCAUAGGACGGCUGCCCGAUUUCGAAGUGCAAUAGUUUGAAUAGCUUGUGACUUAAUUCUUUAAUAAUCCAAUCCAUGAACAACAGCAACCGAAAAUUUUAAUUAAAUGAUAAGCGCUUCUCUUCGUUCGUAACUUUAGCUUUGCAUCAUUUGUUUACUUGAUUUGACUUAUUAAUUCGAAAUUUCCAGAUUUAUUAUCUUUUCGAAGACUUGCGUACAAGAACAAUAUGAAAUGCAUGUGUACGAGUAUUUACAUCGUAAUUUUCACGUUCUUUUUAAUCAAGAUUUUUAAAUUGUAGAUCACAAAGUAUGGCAUUUUGAGAUGAUGCGAAACGAUUAUUAUAUGCCAUAUAAUAUUUACGGUCAACACUUUAUUAAUGCACCGCAAAUACGGGCGAAAAACACAAACUCGCACAUAUUUGCGGAGCAUAAAUUGAGGCGUAAAGCGAAAAAUAUUUCCCCCGCUGAUGGUUGAAAGUCAAAAAGGUGAUAAUUUCAUUUACAACUGUCACCCACACAUCCAUAUAUACACAUAGCUUAUAGGAAAUAUCCCUACAUAAUAUAUACACUUGUUUACCUCUGCCCACUCACCACCCCCCCUUUUUUUUUGUUAGCUUUGGUCGACGUCAAUUUAUUGAUACCCGCCAAAAUGAAAUAAAAAAAAAGGGAAAAAGAAACAAAAUUGGGAGCAGAGGAAAAGCGAAUCGUAGCCAUAAAAAUGAAACUGAAAAUGAGGGAAAAUUGCCAAGAAGUGAUGGAAAAAUCGGGGGUGGUGGUGUGGUUGCGUUGAAAUCUGAAGUUAAGGCAUUUGUCAACACAACGCUUGUAAUUUUUGUGUGUUUUUUUUACUUGUUUUAUUUAUUUUUUUUUUAGCGGGUAGCAAACGGCAUGACGUAUACGCCGCGGUGCACCUAGUGAUAUACUUUGAUGUUUGCUGGUUCUUCAAAGGCAUUUUAGAAAUAGGUCGUUCAACUUGGUAGGAUUUUCUUUAAAAUACAAUAUUAUUUAGGUAUUUUUAAAAACUCGCUUUUAUCGUUGCUAAAGAGAGUUUAAAAUAAAAUUUGAAAAAUUGCAUAGAAUUUAUUUUCAGGAACCUCCCAGGUUCAUAUUCCUUCACAAUAUUUUUCUUAUCUCCUUAUUCUGUUGUGUUUUUUCAUAGUUCUUGGUUUUAUUUACUAUUUGCUUGGCUGCGGGUGACGACGAGUGGCGACGCAAGUUAAGUCAGUAGGAUGCCAGGACACGCUUAUCCUUUGCCACCAUGCCGAAGUAUUCUUCACUUUUUCCCUAGUUUUCUUCAGGUUUUUCCUCGUUUUCCCCGCAUUUUUCAUAUCCUUUUUCCUCAGAGUCUCAGCUUGUGCUCUCGUUACGGACGAGCUGUGGAGAACGCGUAAAGCGUAAACUACAAAUUGUUUUGUAGUUGCCUCAAAUGCUUCUUGUUCUUGUUGUUUUUUUUUGUUGCGGCAACAGCAAUUGGCUUCAUUUUUAUUGGCAGUUAUGGGGGGCGUGGCAGGUGGGUAAGCCCCACCCACAAUUGGCGCAACUUCGUUACGCUCCUUUUAUUUUUAUUUUAUUUCAUACACGACGGUUUCCUUUUCGUACUUUUUUAUACAGUCCGCCUUCCAUUUAUUUGACCUCGCCAUGUGUGGGGGUGGCUGUGAGGUUGGGUGUUUGCUCACGUAAUUCCCUAAUUAAAUACUUAAAUUGUAAUUGCUUUCGAACAGAAAGCGGCAAAAGCUGCAGGAGUCCUGUCAUUAAAACGAAUAUAUAUACUAGCAUAUAAAUACAUAAAGAUAUAUAUAUUUGUAGAAGGUAGUCCAUUGAAAGGAAAUAAAGAUAUGUUGGUUUUGCAGCUGCUUUCUGAGAAAAAGUGUACAGUGUAAGGUGACUAAAAGAUGUGUCUACAUCAAGGUUUCAUUUUCAAUUCAAUCUGCUUGAAUAAUUCAUCAUGAAGACUUGACAUCGCAUCACACAGACUGACAUCCAAUCGAAUCAACUUUAAUUGAAUGAAAACAAAUCAUGCCAAUCAUAUUGACUCUACCCCAAUUUAAUUAAACGAAAAUAUUUUCAACAUAUCUAAGAUGAUUUGGAUCGAUUUAAUAGUUGUCAUUAGAAACCAAAUUAAAUUUGAUACAUUUUGAGGAACUAAAAUCGGGUGAAACAAGUUAGAACAAUAGUAACUUUUCAAGCCAUUUAAAUUUGCAAUCAACAUAAAUAAAAUUAAAACCUAAGUCGUAUCUUAAAUUCUGGCCAAAUUUAUCAUGACCAAGGUAAACCUAACUUUAAAGAUAAUAACACAUUUAAUAUAUUUCAUUUUUCAAAUAAAAUUGUUCAAAUUGAAUUAUCCCUUAAUUCAAGUUUAUACACAUGCCUGUGUGUAAUUUUGUAAUAUAGCGAAUUAAUUUAGACUUGAUUAACUUUUUGGAAAAUGGAAUUAAAGUUUGUUAUGUAAACUAAAAAUCACAGCUUGGUCUUAUAAAAUAUCAAAUAUGGUUCUUUAAAAUGCAACUAUGCGAUAAUGUUUCAUUAAGUUAAUCUAGGGUUGCCAUCAAAAGGUGAUGUAAGUGGAGAGCCAGAAGCUCUAGUGAGUGACUACCUUAUUCGUUGGCCGUUAAGCCAUAUAAGUCAUCGCUUUAAUUUUAAUUGGCCCCGACUAAGCUUACGCUUACGCCUCUGUUGGCUCAGGACCUCCGGCCACCGGCGAUUUUCCUGUCUGCUCCUUGAACUUUCCUCGUGCAUCCUGGCCACGUUUUUAUGUGCUUUUAAGUGCGCAAUUAAAGGUCAAUUGCCGUCCAGGCUGGACAGCCAAACGACUCACCGCUAAAGUAGCCCAUAAAUGAGGCGAUAUGUGUGACCACCUCUUCUAGCUAUAUAUAUAUAUAUUUUUAAAAACAAAAACGUUUUUGCUUUUAAUGUGAAUUUAGUAAAUUUGAUGAAUAAAUACGAAGAAUUAAAUAGUGUGUGGGAAAUAUUCAUUAGAAUGAAUAAUAUAAUAAAUAUGUGUUUACUACAUUUAUAAAGUUUUCAUUGGCAACAAUGCGUAUGAGUAAUAAUAGUUGUAGUAAAUCUGUGCGUAUGAGUAAUAUUCUUACACGUUAUUUAUAGAUUAAAGGCUAAAGGUCCUUUAAAAAAAUGUCUACGUUUAUUUGGUCAAUGUCUCUUGAACCUUACUUACAAUUUUACAAUCGGACCAUUAAUUUAGAAGAACUUUCCGAAAAUUGGCGCCACUCAAAUUCCAAAUUUUUUCUAUGGCAUAUUUUAAAUAUGGCAAAUAUUUUUCUUCAAAAGGGGUCAGAUAAUAUAUAAUUUAUUAACUUACCCGUUGGUUAUUAAAACAGUACGUACUUCAAAAUCGAAAUUUAAAAAGGUUUAUUACAUAAAUAACUAAAAAUGAUUAAUUUAUGAAAUAAGCAUAAGAAUAUAUGAAUAAAGUGAAUGUGAUAUAUAAAAUAUUCCUUUGGAGUUUCAAAAAAAAAGGUAUCCUAAAAUUCAUAAAAAAAAUAUAACGUAAAUUAAAAUUGAAAUAUACCUUAGCCAAGAAACGUCACCAUGACGUAUUAAAUCUAGAAAUUGAAGCAGCCGACAUUGCUUAAAAAUUUCCAGUAGCAUAUGGCCGAACCGGUGGCUUUGAAUUUGGCCGAAUAUAAGGCCGGCCGCAUGAUCGUUCUGGGCAAGAUGGUCGAGCCGGAUGAGCGCAAGGGCCUGCUCUAUGUACGCCGAUACGCCAGUGAUAAUCAGGUGCACAUCCACUGGAUGGACCGACACUCCGGGACCGUUGAGUUGGACAUUGUGGCCAGGCCGGGCGGCCUUGAGUUCCGUCGCAUCGAGCAGUGCAAAACGGGGCGGGUAUAUGUCCUCAAAUACACCCGAUCGGCGCAGCGGUUUUUUUUCUGGAUGCAGGAACCGAAAGCGACUGGAGACGCAGCCUUUUGCCGGCGGUUCAAUGAACUCAUUGCCAGCGGUCAGCGGAAAUGGGAUGAGUGUGCAGCGGCAGAGGGAGACGUGGAUACGGAUGAUGAACGCGGAUAUUCUCGUCGCAGUGCCGGUGGCGAAAUUGGGAAGUUGCGGGUCCUCAAGGAAAUGCUCCAAUUCCUAGUUACCAAUCUGCCCGGAUCGCAAGAAACUUGGCUACAAACUACUAACCAAAGUUUGACAGAUUUGCAGUCGGGCGAUGAUGAUGCAAUGCCUCUACCCCCCUUGCCCUUUCAAGAUCCCGAUGCAGAAAUACCAGACUUGGCAUUUAGUUUGCGUUAACAUGGCAUUGAAACUGUGGAAAAUCUUCUAUUAUGCCCCAAGCUACGGCUUAAAUUGCUAGCUAAAUUAACCAAAGAUCUCGAGGAGGGAGUUAACACCCAAACCCAGAUAAUACUCAAUCACCAUUUUUCCCUAGGCCUGCACUCGGGGGUCCUCAAUUCGAUCCUCCAACCAAUAAUCAACGACCAUGAAGCUUUGGAUGCUGCCCGAGCUGGGGAUAUCGAACGAUUUUUACGUGUCCUGCAUCGGAAUGGGCCAAACGAUUGAGCCAAAGUGUCUCAUAAACAAGUCAAAAUAUCAAACAAAAAAACGAAGAGACAAAUAAAUAUAGUAUAUAUCACGAAAAAAAAAAUAAAAAUUGAGAAAAAAAGUGUACAAAAUGCAAUAACUGCUUCACUCCUUGGCCGUCGACUCGUCUCAAGUUACGAAGAUAAAUGAGAUGCCAUAAGUUAGAGGACAACUUGCACAACUCCAGACAAAGACCAAGCGGAUAAAAGUGUGCUUGAGCAAAAAAAA